UCAUGCAAUAAGGCUAUUGACGUAUUGCGGGUUGCGUGUCGGUUUGCCUGAACCUUAUCAGUUUGGUGGGCAUUCUUAUCAGUGCUCAAAAAAAUUUCAAGAAAACCUUCAAAAUUUUAUGCUUUUUUAUCGUUUUUUCUUCAAUUUUGAAUUUUGAAUUUUUUUAAAAUGAAAAGUCAUGGUCAACACUUGUAGUUUAUGUGGGGGAAAAGAGGGUUCCUUGUUUCGAAUCCCCCAAAUAAACAAGCAAGUUGGCCAAGUCGAUCAAGCCGUUCUGAAAGAUCGGCGAAGAGUUUGGUUGAAUGUUUAUUUCAAAUGCAGAAAAAAAGUGUUUGAUAAAAAUAUACAGAAUUUCAGAGUUUGUGAUCGGCAUUUCGUUACUGGAAAACCGGCUCAUUUUAAAGAUAUCAAGAAUGAAGAUUGGGCGCCUACUCGUAAUCUUACUCGGACUCCAAAAAAAACAAAUGCUGUGUCGCCUCAAUCUCUGAAAUCACCCGUUACUACUCCUAAAUCAUCUGUCAAAGACAUAAAUUGGAUAUAUAAACGCGAUCGUUUGAGAAGAAAAUUGUUUCGAAAUGAUCCAGAUUUUGAUGAAGUGCACAAUGGAGUAGCGGCUGAAAAUGGAAUGGUUGUGGAAAAUAUUCGUAAUGAAAUCGCAUCUGAAAAUGUAGGCAAUAACGACGAAAAAAAUGCACAGAAUACUGGCACAUCAGAACAUAUUGUGGACGAUAAAGAAAUUAUAGCAAAUCUCCUGAAACAAUUGACGAAUUCACGUUUAUCAAAUGCUAGACUGCAAUACAAAGUUGGACAAUUAUCAUUGACAGAAGCGAGCUUCGAAAAUAAUGACAAAAAAACGAAAUAUUUCACCGGACUUUCAAAUUUCAAGUUGUUGAAACACAUUCUAAAUUACAUUGACGUGUCUUUAAACCAUGUGGUUGUUCGCAAAUUGACCAACUUUCAAAAAUUACUGCUAACACUGAUGAAGCUGAGGAAAAAUUACGAUUUUGCAGAUUUGGCAUAUCGAUUUGAUAUCUCUACUGACACUGCUAGCCGAGUAUUUGAAAAAGUAGUGGUUCUAUUAGAAUACUCCUUGCGAUAUGUUGUUCAUUGGCCAGAAAGAAAAAAUUUGCGUCUGCUUAUGCCGGAGUGUUUUAUUGCAGCUUUUGGAAAUUCAGUAGCAGUUAUCAUAGAUACCUUUGGCAUAAAAACAGAACGACCAAGUUCGAUGGAAGCUGCUUCACUGCUGUAUUCUACGUACUAUCACGCUCAUACGGUCAAAUUUCUUAUAGGAAUCACACCUCACUGCUUCAUUUCGUACAUUUCAUCUGGGUGGGGAGGCCGUGCAUCUGACAAACACAUUUCAGAGGAACCUGAGUUUCUAGACCAUUUGGUACCAGGUGACAUUGUUCUUGCUGAUAGGGGAUUUCGUAUCAGCGAAGUGGUAGCAGUUCAACAGUGCACCUUAAAAACGCCUGCUUUUGUUAAAGGAAAAAAUCAACUUCAUAAUAAAGAAAUACAAGAAAGUAGAUCGAUCUCUGCUGUCAGAAUUCAUGUUGAACGAGUAAUCGGAGUUCUUCGCCAAAAAUUUGAAAUUUUAAAUGGUGUAAUUCCUAUCACAAUUUUGAAUUGUGAACACAAUGGUGUCCCUUUACUCGAUAUUGUAUUACGAACCUGCUGUAUACUUACCAAUUUAUGUGAUAGAAUUGUUGAUUUGUAAUUUUGUUCUUGUUGUUUAUUUUAUUAUUAGGGCUAGGAU